UGAGGGAGGAACACCGAGCGACGGAAAGUAAACCAGGAAACCGAGGCUGUUAAACUCACCCUCCGUCCCGGGUCUGACGGAUAAACGGCAGCUUUGACAUUUGGAAACACAUACAAAACUGCCAUUUAGUGUCUGAGUCGACAAAGAAGUAGCAAACAUGGCAUCCCUUUUCAAGAAGAAGACUGUCGACGACAUAAUCAGGGAACAGUCGAAGGAGUUGCGCGGCACCCAGAGACAGAUCACCAGAGACAGAGCGGCGCUGGAGAAACAAGAGAAACAAAUGGAAGCAGAGAUCAAGAAAAUGGCUAAAAGUGGUAACCGGGAGGCCUGUAAAAUUCUUGCCAAACAGCUGGUCCAGCUAAGGAAGCAAAAGAAUCGUACAUACGCUGUCAGUUCCAAAGUCACCUCCAUGUCCACGCAAACAAAGGUCAUGAACUCCCAAAUGAAAAUGGCCGGUGCCAUGUCCACCUCAGCUAAGACGAUGGCCGCAGUGAAUAAAAAGAUGGACCCACAGAAGACCCUGAAGACCAUGCAGGACUUCCAGAAGGAGAACAUGAAGAUGGGCAUGACCGAGGAAAUGAUCAAUGACACUUUGGACGAGAUCUUCGAUGAAUCUGGAGAUGAAGAAGAAUCUCAGGACAUUGUCAACCAGGUUCUGGAUGAGAUUGGCAUUGAGAUCUCAGGAAAGAUGGUGCGAGCUCCAGCUGCAGGAAAAGGCGUCCCCAGUGCUGCCUCCUCCAAACAAGCCACCAUCUCCGACGAGGAGAUCGAGAGACAGCUCCGAGCUCUGGGAGUGGACUAAUCGUCUUCUCCGGAUUAAUGUUCACAUUGUAAAGCCGUGAAACAUUAAUACUAAUUCAUACAGACUGUGUUGACUGAUUUGUCAUAAUUGAAAUGCUACAGGUUUAAACGAAUGGUGCGCGCCAGUUAACACACACACACAUGCAGAGUCAACAGCAUAAAUACAUGUAUAAUAACACACACAUAUUCAAACAUGUUUUUGGCAGGAUGCCUUACAGAUCAUGGGGGAUGAACAUCUGAUCUAUUUAUGCGAAAAAAAUAUAUUUAUUAUGAAAAUGAGUGGCCUCAGCCUGAAGUUUGACAAACAACACAUGCUUGACCUAAGACUCUUGAACCACCCACACUGUUGUUUACCAAAACAUCUCCAUCUUUUAAAGGGCUACAGUGUAUAUCUGACCUUGUUAGUUAGUUUCUUCCCCCUUCUGCCGCUUUGGUCUCACUCGACCUAGACAUGCAGUCUCGCUCCGGCAUGCGACUGAAGAUCGAUGGACUUUCUCCAGCAAGUUUUAAUGAGUAAAAUAUGGUAAUUAAAAGAAAAGCGCUCGGGGUUUGACAGCGAGCAGAUGGAACCUGCAUCUCAAACACUAUGUACCUGCUCUGAGGCUUUCUGUCCACAAGUGUUACAUUAUGUCGAGGAUGCAGCGCUGUAGGACAAAUCAACAGAGAAACUAUCACAGAAAGGAAGCAACUGGUCAGUUGGCUGAUUAAUACGUACUUUAAGCACUGGAAACAAUAUAACUUAGGCACAUGAAUGAGAAAUGCAUGCAUUGGACGGAUCUGGGAAUGGGCUGACUAGCAUCUAAUUAGCACCACUGAAGUUAAAAUACUGUUACAGGUCAUAUGCAAAUCAAGCACGAAAUAGGACUAAUUACAUAUUGGCAUAUCAGAGCGUUUUUGAAGUGAUUGUUUGAUACUACUGAGUAAUCACAAAUGGUGUUUCUCGGCUUCUUGGUUGAUGUGCGUCUGUUUUAUGUAUCUUACAUUGGAUGUGGGAUUUACACAGGAAUUGCUGGAUGCUGCCGGUCCUGCAGUCCCUCCUCUUUUUCAGCUGCUGUGCAGUUACUGUCAUUUAUUUGAAGCUGCCUCAUACACAAACACACACAUAUACACAGACACACACACUACAGUCACAGUUUGAUGGAUGUGUUUGCUAAAAUGACACUGUGAUCCAGAAGAUGUUUUCUCUUCCUCAGAGCUGAAGCUGCUUUCGCUUUACCGUUAAUGUCAGCCAGCUUCGGGAGACUGACGAAGAAACCUGUUCUUGUUAUCAGACCGAGUCUCUGUCAAUCUGUCUCUCUGGCCUUUUUAUUUCUGUUUUGAUUCCCAUUUGCCAAAAUAAAUUGAAAUAUUUUCAUUCCUGCAUGUACCUGAUGUACAACACUUUCAGUGGAUUUUGUAAUCCCUUCUACCUUGUCACUGAGUGGAAACGGUGUCUUUUUCUUCAGAUUUUGACCCUGUUUGAGUAGACCAUGAUUUUAAAAUUACAAAGCAUAAUCUUAUCUUCCUUCCUUUGUCAUUGUAAAGGGUUUAAGGCUUUUAUAAGGAAUAAAGUUUCUUCAGGUACUAUGA